AUGGGGGCGGCCGAGCCGCUGCGCGCCGCGCUGUGGGUGAAGCGCCGCCGCUGCGCCGUGAGCCUGGAGCCCGGACCCCCGGACCCCGCGCGCGCGCUGCUGCGCUGGUGGCCGAGCCCGGGGCCCGCGGGCGGCGCGGACGGCGCGGACGCCUGCUCAGUGCCCGUGUCUGAGAUCAUCACCGUGGAGGAGACGGACAGGCAUGGCUGGCGGCGCGGCGGCAAGAGGUGGCAGCGGAUGGGAACCCCGUACGCCUUCACAGUGCACUGCGUGAAGAGGGCGCGGCAGCACCGCUGGAAGUGGGCCCAGGUGACCUUCUGCUGUGCCGAGGAGCAGCUGUGCCAGCUGUGGCUGCAGACCCUGCGGGAGCUGCUGGACAAGCUGACGUCCAGGCCCAGGCGCCUGCUGGUGUUCAUCAACCCCCGGGGCGGGAAGGGCAGAGGCAAGCGCAUCUACGAGCGGAAGGUGGCGCCCCUGUUUGCGCUGGCCGCCGUCAGCACGGAGGUGAUCGUCACCGACCGCGCCAACCACGCGAAGGAGAUGCUGGACGAGGUCAGCCUGGACAGCUACGACGGGGUCGUCUGCGUGGGCGGGGACGGCAUGUUCAGCGAGGUCUUGCACGGCCUGAUCGGCAGAACGCAGAGGAGCGCGGGCGUGGACCAGAACCACCCGCGGGCCUCGCUGGUGCCCAGCCCGCUCCGCAUCGGCAUCAUCCCCGCCGGGUCCACGGACUGCGUGUGCUACUCCACGGUGGGCACCAUUGACGUGGAGACGUCGGCUCUGCACAUCAUCGUGGGGGACUCGCUGUCCAUGGACGUCUGCUCGGUGCACCACAACGGCUCGCUGCUGCGCUACUCGGCGUCCCUGCUGGGCUACGGCUUCUACGGGGACAUCAUCAAGGACAGCGAGAAGAACCGCUGGAUGGGGCUGGCCAGAUACGACUUCUCAGGCUUGAAGACCUUCCUCUCUCACCACUGCUACGAGGGCUCCGUGGCCUUCCUGCCCGCCCGGCACACGGUGGGGUCUCCGCGGGACGGGAAGCCCUGCCGGGCGGGGUGCUUCGUCUGCAGGCAGAGCAGGCAGCAGCUGGAGGAGGAGCAGAAGAAGUCGCUGUACGGCCUGGAGAACGCGGAGGAGGAGGAGGAGUGGAAGGUGGUCUGCGGGAAGUUCCUGGCCAUCAACGCCACCAACAUGUGCUGCGCGUGCCCCCGCUGCCCCCGCGGCCUGUCCCCCUGCGCCCACCUGGGAGACGGGUCGGCGGACCUCAUCCUCACCCGGGAGUGCUCCCGGCUCAGCUUCCUGCGCUUCCUCAUCCGGCACAGCAGCCCGCGGGACCAGUUCGACUUCGCCUUCGUGGAGGUGCACCGCGUGCGGAAGUUCCAGUUCACGUCCAGGCCGCUGCCCGAGGAGGACGGCAGCAGCCACUUCCGGGAGCGGGGCAAGACGCGGCUCGGGCAGAUCUGCAGCGACCCCGCGCCCUGCUGCCGCGCCGCGGCCCACAGCUCCUGGAACUGCGACGGGGAGGUGCUGGACGGCGCCACCCUGGAGGUCAGGGUCCACUGCCAGCUGGUUCGCCUCUUUGCGCGAGGAAUCGAGGAGCCUCAGAAGCCAGAGCCGCAGAGCUGAGCCGCCCCGCGCCGGGCCCGCGAGCUCCUUACGGCGCGACCGGUUGUGCUGACAUACACCUUUGAAUUCAGACGUCUAUUUUUGAUAGCUGGAUCUUAUUUUAGAGAAAAACUCCCUUGUCCACACUUGGGUGAGCAAACGCGGCGUCUCCAGGCCCGGGAGUCGCCGGGCCUUUCGCUGGCUUGUUCUCGGCAGGGGGCGCGUUUAUUUUGGGGUGCUGGCCUCUUAGAUUAUAACGACGCCGACAGCACGGAUUUCCGAGUGGCCCGGGGGGCUCGUGCAGCAGCGCAGGGACGGCACCUAGCGCGGGGCCAGGCUGCGCCACCCGGCGGGCGGGGUCAGGCCGACAGCUCCGCGGGCGCCCAGUCCUUGGCCUGUUCCGGGAGCGCUGGGUCCUCCGCCUUCGCUCAACCGUCACCCCGAUUUACCUUGAGGGCAUUGCCGCUCGGUCCGUCCGGCAUCUGCAGCACAGCAGCCUGCUCAUGGCGCUGGAGCGCGCGGAAGCCCUCGGCCGCGAGCCUCAGCCGGCACCGAGGGUCUGAGACCGUCCGCGGGCAGCGGGGUGGGGCCUGGGCCUGCACGCUGGCAGCUUGGCCCACGUGGCUGGAGUUUACUGUCGAAGCCGAUGCCCGCAGCGGUGGGCGCCCGGCCCACAGGGACCCCUUGGCAGCAGCCUGUGAGUUGGUGGGCGCGCUCCGGCCAGUCCCCACACAGGCCCAGGCGUCCCUGCUGGCCGGCGCGGACUCUGGACUUGCUGGCUCUGCCCUUCGCAGCCACAGCCGCGGCGCCCUCCUGCCCGUGUCCCUUCGCUUUCCGCGGGAGGGGGGGCUGCACCCGGGCCUCCGCGGCGCUGUCCUGCUGUGCCUGCUUCGACGGCUUCCGGCAGCUUUCCCAGAGCUGAGAAGCUCCUCCUCGGCGGGCAGGGGCGGCGGGGCUUCAGCAUUUGUCAGGCCUAGUCCUGAAAAGCUAGGAUUUGCUCAUAGCGGUUCCUGUUAUGACGUAUUCAUGAAAUUCCUUAUUUAUCAUUCAGUCCCACCUGGGGCAGAGACGGGCAGUUUUUAAUCGUUAUUUGGGCUGCUGUGCCAGUUGUAGGGCUUAAUGGUAGGUAGCUGGAGGGAAAGUGGGUGCAGAGAAGAGCCCACAUGGGGCCUCUGUUCUGUUUGCUCCUGGCGGGGCAGGGCCGGGGUCCGUGGGGGCUGCUUCUGGAGCCUUCCUGCAGCCUGCACCCCUGGGAUGUUUCUGGAGUCAGCCAGGAACCCCCUGCAGCCUCGGGAAGCAGCUGGCGCCACAGGGAGCCUGGCCCUGGGGCUCGGCUGGCAGGCGGCGCUGCUGGGGCCGGGGGCUCCUGGGACCCUGAGUAGUGGCCGACGACCCCCACAAGGCCCCGGCGCAUGGAGGGAUCAACCGAGACACCAGGACGGGGUUAAGAAACCAGAACGCUGCCGGCUUGUGCCCCCAGCUGCGUAGGAGGGGCCUGAGGCCGUCUGGGGAGCAGGGGCAG